AUCAUUUCUCAGUGGAUUUGUUUACGAAUCAGAAACUUGAGAGCUUCGGAAUCAAUGGCGGAACCAAAGCUUAGGGUUCUAAUGGUCUCCGAUUUCUUCUUCCCAAACUUCGGUGGCGUUGAGAAUCACAUCUACUAUCUCUCCCAAUGCCUGUUAAACCUCGGUCACAAGGUUGUGGUGAUGACGCAUGCUUACGGGAACCGCACGGGAGUCCGAUACAUGACGGGCGGACUCAAAGUCUACUACGUCCCGUGGAGACCUUUCGCUAUGCAGAACACAUUCCCCACCGUCUACGGAACGCUUCCCAUCGUGAGAACCAUCCUCAAGCGCGAGAGAAUCACCGUUGUUCACGGCCACCAAGCCUUCUCCACCCUCUGUCACGAAGCCUUGAUGCACGCCAGAACAAUGGGAUACAGAGUUGUAUUCACUGAUCACUCCCUUUACGGGUUUGCUGAUGUUGGGAGUAUUCACAUGAACAAGGUCUUGCAGUUUACUCUAGCUGAUAUAGACCAGGCCAUUUGUGUUUCGCACACUAGUAAGGAGAACACUGUUCUGAGGUCGGGAUUGUCUCCGGGGAAGGUUUUUAUGAUUCCGAAUGCUGUUGAUACUGCUAUGUUCAAGCCAGCUGAUGUCAGGCCAAGUAGUGAUGAUGUUAUCACUAUAGUUGUUAUAAGUAGAUUGGUUUAUCGGAAAGGUGCGGAUUUGCUUGUUGAGGUCAUUCCAGAAGUGUGCCGUUUAUACCCCAAUGUUCGUUUUGUAGUUGGAGGGGAUGGACCGAAGCAUGUGAGACUUGAGGAGAUGAGGGAGAAGCAUUCUCUGCAAGAUAGAGUCGAGAUGCUUGGUGCUGUUCCUCAUUCUCGUGUGCGCUCUGUUCUGGUCACCGGUCAUAUAUUCCUUAACAGUUCUUUAACAGAAGCCUUCUGCAUAGCUAUCUUGGAGGCGGCUAGUUGCGGGUUAUUAACCGUCAGCACUCGUGUUGGAGGUGUCCCUGAGGUACUACCGGAUGACAUGGUUGUGCUUGCUGAGCCAGAUCCGGAUGACAUGGUACGAGCAAUCGAAAAGGCGAUAUCAAUACUUCCAAGUAUUAACCCGGAGGAGAUGCACAAUCGAAUGAAGAAGCUGUACAGUUGGCAAGAUGUUGCCAAAAGAACCGAGAUUGUGUAUGACCGUGCUUUGAAGUGUUCCAACAGAAAUCUUCUAGAACGUCUAUCGCGGUUCCUGUCAUGUGGAGCGUGGGCUGGGAAGGUAUUCUGUAUGGUUAUGAUCAUUGAUUACUUGCUUUGGCGGCUACUUCAGUUUCUUCAGCCUGAUGAUGAUGUUGAGGAGGCACCCGAUAUCAAUUUCUGCAAUUAGGGAGGUUUGUCAGAGGUCCUCAAGGAAGAAUAUCAAGUUAAAGAAACGAGUGAUAAGCAGAGUUUCAGCUCCCUCGAUUGUUAGAAGCUCUUCCUUGAUGAUUAAUUCUAUUUUGUAUUUUUUUUUGUUUCAAAAAUUUGUUUUAUUCAAGAGUUUGAAAUCAUUUUUCCUUGCAUCAAUGUAUGUGAUAUGUAUAACUGAAAAAUGAUGUGGAUAUUAUAUGUUUGUAUAGUGAACACU